AUGAAGAUGGCUAACACUGUCCGCACUGGCGGAAAGGGUACAGUCAGGAGAAAGCACAAGGCUGUGCACAAGACAAAUACAACUGAUGACAAGAGACUCCAGAGCACUCUGAAGAGAAUUGGAGUCAACUCAAUUCCAGCAAUUGAAGAAGUUAACAUCUUUAAGGAUGAUGUUGUCAUCCAGUUCAUCAACCCUAAGGUUCAAGCUUCAAUUGCUGCAAACACAUGGGUCGUUAGCGGAACUCCUCAGACCAAAAAAUUACAAGAUAUCCUUCCCCAGAUUAUCAGCCAACUCGGACCAGACAACAUGGACAACUUGAAGAAGCUAGCUGAGCAGUUCCAGAAACAGGGUCAAGGCAACGCCUCUGCAACAAUCGAAGAGGAGGAUGAUGAUGAUGUCCCAGACCUCGUUGGAGAGACAUUCGAAGGUGCUGCUGAAGAGAAAGUAGCUGCUGCUUCUUCUUAG